GUGGUCAGCGUUUCGCUCAUCUCCUUUGGCAUACAGUCUAGCGCCAUCAACGUGGUGAAGAUUUUGAGGGUCCUCAGAGUUUUGCGACCACUCAGAGCCAUUAACAGAGCCAAAGGACUCAAGCAUGUGGUCCAGUGUGUCUUCGUCGCCAUUCGCACCAUUGGAAACAUUGUCAUUGUCACCACUCUACUCCAGUUUAUGUUUGCCUGCAUUGGAGUACAGCUGUUCAAGAGCAAGUUGUACAGCUGUACAGACAGCUCGAAGAUUACAGAAGCUGAUUGCAAGGGGAAGUUCAUCACCUACAAAGAUGGUGAUGUGUCACAGCCGAUGAUUCAGGAACGGAGCUGGGAAAACAGCAAGUUUGACUUUGAUAACGUUCUGGCAGCAAUGAUGGCACUUUUCACCGUCUCCACCUUUGAAGGAUGGCCGGAGCUGCUGUACAGAGCCAUUGACUCUCACACAGAGGAUGUCGGCCCCAUCUACAACCACCGUGUGGAGAUUUCAAUCUUCUUUAUCAUCUAUAUCAUUAUUAUUGCAUUCUUCAUGAUGAACAUCUUCGUUGGUUUCGUCAUUGUCACCUUCCAGGAACAAGGAGAGCAGGAGUAUAAGAACUGUGAGCUUGACAAGAACCAGCGACAGUGUGUGGAAUAUGCAUUGAAGGCCCGCCCCCUGCGCAGGUACAUCCCUAAGAAUCAGUACCAAUACAAAGUGUGGUACGUUGUCAACUCUACCUAU